AGGAGAGGGGAGCUGUCAUUGGUCGCGCCAGCUCUGUCAAGUGCUCUGAGUAGAAUCCGUCAAACCGUCAUAAGAGGGUAGCGGUGCCUGUCCGCUCACAGUGACCAGUCUAAGUGUGCUUGAUACGGACAUGCUUGCGCUAGUCGCGUUGUGUAUAGUGCUCCUGGUUUGGUGGUUCAGCACCGCCAACCGCAACUCGAAAUCAGCGUGCAGCACUGCACCGGGACCGAAACCUUGGCCCUUGAUUGGAUCACUGCAUCUGCUCGGCGCGUACGAGACACCCUUCCAGGCGUUCACGGCCCUCAGCAAGAUUUACGGUGACAUCUUCAGCAUCAAUCUGGGCAACACUCCAUGUGUGGUAGUCAACAAUUUUAACCUUAUCAAGGAAGUGCUCAUUACGAAAGGCAGUGACUUCGGAGGCCGACCCGAUUUUGUGCGAUUUCAUAAGCUCUUCGGUGGCGACAGGAAUAACUCUCUCGCCCUGUGCGACUGGUCCUCAUUGCAGAAGACAAGACGGAGCAUCGCGAGAACGUACUGCUCGCCGCGGUUUACGUCACUGCAGUAUGACACCGUUUCACGCGUUGGUCUCGACGAGAUGAACGUUUUCAUUCAUGAACUGCAAAAAUUGCCGAUGGGACGGCCAUGCGACCUGAAACCAGUCGUGAUGGCCGCCUGCGCCAACAUGUUCACGCAGUACAUGUGCUCCACCAGUUUCUCCUACGACGACAAAGAAUUCCAACAGACCGUGCGAUAUUUCGACGAGAUUUUCUGGGAGAUCAACCAGGGCUACGCGGUCGAUUUCCUGCCCUGGCUCCUGCCCAUCUACAACAAACACAUGAACAAGCUGUCCAACUGGGCGAUGGAGAUCCGCCAGUUCAUCCUGUCCCGCAUCAUCGACAAGCACCGCGCCACCCUCGACUACAACUCGCCGCCGCGCGACUUCACCGACGCCCUCCUCAUGCACCUGGAGGAGGACCCCAACAUGAACUGGCAGCACAUCAUCUUCGAGCUGGAGGACUUCAUCGGCGGCCACUCGGCCAUCGGCAACUUGGUCAUGGUGACCCUGGCCUCCGUCGUCAAGUACCCCGAGGUGCAGAAGCGCAUACAAACGGAAAUCGACGCCGUGACGAACGGCACGCGCAUGCCCACCCUGAUGGACAAGACCUCCAUGCCCUACACCGAGGCCACCCUGUGGGAGACGUUGCGCAAGGCCUCCUCGCCGAUAGUACCGCACGUGGCCUCCACCGACUCGGAGAUCGACGGCUUUAAAAUACCCAAAGGGACGAUGGUGUUCAUCAACAAUUACGAACUGAAUUUGGGCGAGCAACACUGGGAGAAGCCGGAAGAGUUCAGACCGGAGAGGUUCCUGUCGCCGGCCGGUAACGUCGUCAAGCCCGCACACUUCAUACCGUUCAGCACCGGCAAGAGGACGUGCAUCGGGCAACGUCUGGUCCAAUGUUUCAGUUUCGUUGUCCUGACCACCCUGCUACAACAAUACGACAUCAGCACGAACGAAGUACCUAAGACACAGCCCGGAUGCGUUGCCGUGCCCCCCGAUUGUUUCAAACUGAUACUGACACCUAGAUCUAAUCAACAGUAGAUGAAAUAUGAUUAUUAUUAUUAUUAUUUUUUUUUUUGCACUUUUCUUGGGAUGUCUAUUGGCGUUAUUUGUUAAAUUUUUUAAGAUAUGGUGCUGUGCUUGAGUUUUAUCGUUUAAGAACACAUAUUAGGUCUAGGUCGAAAAUGUGAAUUUCUUCCUCACGUGACUUCUAAUCCAUUUUCUGUAUUUUUUUUUAUCCACGGGGUGUGCUAUUAUUAUUAUUAUUAUUAUUAUUAUUUGUUUUGUCUGACUGUCGUCAUCAUUCAUUUAUCAGCCCUAUUAUCAUAUUAUUUGUAAGAAUUUUCAUAGAGUGAGUGGUUUUAACACCCUGUGUAGAAAAAGAAGAUAAUUUAGUAUAGAUUGUAAACGGACCUCGGUAUAUCUUUAAACGUAAAAGAUGAGACCGACUAGGGUUUUAGAUGGACACAUCACCUCUACAUUUCCUCUUUUAUUAUCAUUAUAUUAUCAUGCAUUGUAAAUAUCUCAUUGUGAAUUUAUUGUAAAAAUGAUUUAGUAAUUUAUCUUUAAUUAUAGUCUCCAGUUUUAAGUCCAAUAUAAUGAGACUGAGUAAUAAAUUGUGUAUUUUU